GGGCUGCGAUUUAAUGGGUGCGUGAGGCCAUCCUGAGGUCUCUCUGUCUGCUCAGCUUCCAGUGCAGCUGAGGCUGUAACCUGGGCUUCCGAGAGGGCAACUAUUGACGAGGUGGAGACAGAUGUGGUCGAGAUCGAGGCCAAACUGGACAAGCUGGUCAAGCUGUGCAGCGGCAUGAUCGAGGCCGGCAAGGCCUACGUCACAACCAACAGGCUCUUUGUGAGCGGCGUCCGAGACCUGUCUCAGCAGUGCCAGGGUGACACCGUCAUCUCGGAAUGUCUGCAGAGGUUUGGAGACAGCCUGCAGGAGAUGGUCAAUUACCACAUGAUCCUAUUUGACCAGGCCCAGAGGUCCGUGCGGCAACAGCUCCACAACUUCAUCAAGGAGGACGUGCGAAAGUUCAAGGAGACCAAGAAGCAGUUUGACAAAGUGCGAGAAGACCUGGAGCUGUCCCUGGUGAGGAAUGCCCAGGCCCCGAGGCACCGGCCCCACGAGGUGGAGGAGGCCACAGGCGCCCUGACCCUCACCCGAAAGUGCUUCCGUCACCUGGCACUAGACUACGUGCUGCAGAUCAAUGUCCUCCAGGCCAAGAAGAAGUUUGAGAUCUUGGAUUCUAUGCUGUCCUUCAUGCAUGCCCAGUACAGCUUCUUCCAGCAGGGCUACAGCCUGCUGCACCAGCUGGACCCCUACAUGAAGAAGCUGGCGGCUGAGCUGGACCAGCUGGUGAUCGACUCAGCAGUGGAGAAGCGGGAGAUGGAACACAGACAUGCGGCCAUCCAGCAGCGGACACUGCUGCAGGACUUCUCCUACGAUGAGCCCAAAGCGGAGUUUGAUGUGGACGCGCCCAGCGGCGUGGUGAUGGAGGGCUACCUCUUCAAGAGGGCCAGCAACGCCUUCAAGACAUGGAACCGGCGCUGGUUCUCCAUCCAGAACAGCCAGCUGGUCUACCAGAAGAAGCUGAAGGACGCGCUGACCGUGGUGGUGGACGACCUCCGCCUGUGUUCCGUGAAGCCCUGUGAGGACACCGAGCGGAGGUUCUGCUUUGAGGUCGUGUCACCGGCCAAGAGCUGCAUGCUGCAGGCUGACUCGGAGAAGCUCCGGCAAGCCUGGGUCCAAGCUGUGCAAGCCAGCAUCGCGUCCGCCUACCGAGAGAGCCCAGACAGCUGCUACAGCGAGAGGCUGGACCGCACGGCAUCCCCGUCCACAAGCAGCAUCGACUCUGCCACGGACUCGAGGGAGCGCGGCGCCAAGGGCGAGAGCGUGCUUCAGCGCGUGCAGGGUGUGGCGGGCAACGGCCAGUGUGGCGACUGUGGCCAGCCGGACCCCCGCUGGGCCAGCAUCAACCUGGGCGUGCUGCUGUGCAUCGAGUGCUCAGGCAUCCACAGGAGCCUGGGUGUCCACUGCUCCAAGGUGCGGUCCCUGACGCUGGACUCCUGGGAGCCUGAGCUGCUGAAGCUGAUGUGUGAGCUGGGAAACAGCACUGUGAACCAGAUCUACGAGGCCCAGUGCGAGGGGCCGGGCAGCCGGAAGCCCACGGCCAACAGCCCCAGGCAGGACAAGGAGGCCUGGAUCAAGGACAAGUACGUGGAAAAGAAGUUCCUGCGGAAGCUGCCCUCCAGGUCGUCCCGGGAGGCCCCAAGGCGCUGGCGGGCCCUGAAGUGCCUGGGCCACCACAGCUCUCCCCGGGCCCCCACUGCCCGCCGCAAGGUCCGGAUGGAGCCUGUCCUGCCCUCCGUAGCUGCUCUGUCCUCAGGUGCUGUGGAGCGCAGGUUCCGCCGGGACUCCCUCUUCGGCCCUGAUGAGCUGGACUCACUGUUCUCCUACUUCGAUGCAGGGGCUGCUGCGGCCGGUCCACGCAGUCUGAGCAGCGACAGUGGCUUAGGGGGUAGCUCCGACGGCAGCUCGGACGUCCUGGCCUUCAGCGCGGGCUCCGUGGUGGACAGCGUCACUGAGGAGGAGGGCGCAGAGUCGGAGGGCUCCAGUGGCGAGGCGGAUGGAGAGGCCGAAGCCUGGGGCUUGGCAGAUGUGCGCGAACUGCACCCCGGGCUACUGGCGCAUCGCGCAGCACGUACCCGCGACCUCCCCGCGCUGGCCGCGGCGUUGGCCCACGGGGCCGAGGUCAACUGGGCAGACACAGAGGACGAGGGCAAGACGCCAUUGGUGCAGGCCGUGCUAGGGGGCUCCUUGAUCGUCUGUGAAUUUCUCCUGCAAAACGGAGCCGACGUGAACCAAAGAGACAGCCGGGGCCGGGCUCCCCUGCACCAUGCCACGCUGCUGGGCCACACUGGCCAGGUCUGCCUGUUCCUGAAGCGGGGCGCUGACCAGCACGCCCUGGACCACGAGCAGCAGGACCCGCUGAGCAUCGCGGUCCAGGAGGCUAACGCUGACAUCGUCACGCUGCUACGCCUGGCGCGCAUGGCUGAGGAGAUGCGGGAGGCGGAGGCACCCCCAGGCCAGCUGGGCCCCCUAGCAGGCAGCAGCCCCACCGAGCUCCAGUACCGCAGGUGCAUCCAGGAGUUCAUCAGCCUCCACCUGGAGGAGAGCUAGGGCGGUGGGCCCGGAAACUGCAACACUGGGCCACCCGGCCCAUUUCCCGAGUCCCGGUGCCCCAGGGCACUCUGGGGCCCCACCAGCCCGCUCCACCCUCCUGGAGCUGCCCAGAACCCCGGGGCUGGGAGAGGGACCCCAGCACGGAGUCUUCUGAAGCCCCACGUUUCCCCAGAGGUGCUGACCCUAGGUCUUCAGGUGACUCCUUCCAGGGGGGCCCGGGCUGCUCAUGUCACAAACCACUCUCAAGGCUCUGUGUCACCUCGUGCCCCCUGUCCCCAGGGCCCAUGUCACCUCGAGCUCCCUGUCCCCAGGGCUCAUGUCACCUUGUGCCCCUCUGUCCCAGGGGCCUGUGCCACCUUGUGCCCCCACUUUUAUUGCCCCAGACACAGACCCGCUAGUUGGGUCCCUCCUACACCCCCCAGAGCCCUUCCACUAGGCCCUGAGGCUGGUGGCUGGCCACCAGCUCCUUGUGAGGGCAGAAGGGGCAGCCCAUCCAGGGAACCAACCCAUGUACCUCACUUAGUGACCCCAGCCUCCAGGCUGGGCUUCUAGGGUGCUGGGGGGGUCUGGUGUGGGGUCUCAGCCCUGGCUGGACGCAGGCGUCCCGAGGCCACGUGGCUGGCCACGCAGGCCCCGUGCCUGCCGGGUGGCCCUAGACCGGUCCUUGCCUCCUCGGGAAGCACUUGGCCCAGAGCAGGUGCAUCAAGGACUCUGGCACUUUGCGCCCCGCAUCGGAUGCUGUCGUGGACGGAGUGGGUUUUCUACAGCCACCCUGUCUCACGUUCUCGCCUCUUUCCUCUGUGGACUCUGGAGGACCACCUUGACUCUGGCUCCGUCUGCCGACGGGGAGGCCCCACAGCUCUGACCGCCGCUCGCCAGCUCCCCACUCGGGCUGGGCCCUUGGAUGGGGCCAGGGGCCCUCGGCUCACUCCCAGGGCCCACAAUGCCUUCUGCAUUCCCCACUCCUGGAGCCCUGGGGCCGCGGCCGGCCUCUCCCAGCUCCCGUCCUUGAUCAGGCCAAGGCCAGUCAGCUGGUCACUAUGCAAAGGCUGCCCAAGGAGGCUCCAUGGGUGGCGAGGUGGGCACUGACCGGCCCCCACGUCCCUCACCUGCUGGCUGUGACUCCUUCCUCUCUCCCUGCUUGAGCUCUGCCCACCCCCAGCCUGUCAGUGCCUCCUGCCUGGCCUCAGGCGGGGGGCGCCCACUCCAGAUCACAGUAAUAAACUGCUGCCUGC